AUGUUUUAUGGUAUUAUAUUGGAAAGUGCACGAGAUGGUGUUAUUGUUUUUCACGGUGAUAGUUUAUGGAAACGUAUUGUACAUGAACUUAAUUUACCAUCAGAAACAUUUCAAUUAUUUGCACGAUAUGAUGAGAAGAUAUUAUUCGAUAUUUGUGAAUGCAUGGCAACCAUUUUACAUGAAGGAACAUCUGAAUCAUAUUUAGAAUUUUUUGGUGAAGAUUUUGUUCGUUAUUUUGUUAAUUUUGGUUUUGAUAAAAUACUUCGAGUAGCUGGACGAACUCUACGUGAUUUUCUUUUUGCUAUUGAUCAAUUACAUGAUUCAAAUCGAUUUUCUUUUCCAAAUAUGAUUCAACCAUUAUUUCAUGUUACAGAAGAAAAUGCAACAGGUGCAACACUCGUUUACAAAAGUGUUCGUCAUGGAUUUGCUCGUUAUGCAAAAGGAGGUUUAGUUGCUGCAGCUAGAGCACUAUUUCAAGAAAAUAUUACAAUGAAUAUAUUACAUGAUUGGUCUACUCCAGAAUUUGCUCAUAUUGCUUUUUGGGUUCAAUUUAAUAAUAUAGGAUUUCAACCAAAACGAAUACUCCAUUUUCCAUCAUUGCCCAAUAUUAAAGGGGAAACUUUUUUUCGAGUAUUUCCUUUUUCAAUUCUUAUGAAUUCAGCAUUACGUAUUCACUGUGUGGGAGAAAAUCUUCUACAUAUCUUUCCUGAUGAUACUCCUUUGAUUGGAAGACCACUUGAUGAAGUUUUUCGACUUAUUCGACCUGAUAUUCAUGUCGAAUGGGAUAAAGUUCUUUCUUAUGGUCGACAUAUUGUAUUUUUAAUGGAAAAUCGAUUACCAUUACGAUCUGGAUCAUCAGGCAAAAUUCAAUUGAAAGGUCAAAUGAAAUAUUUAGAACAUAAAAAUAUGUUAUGGUUUCUGUGUCAUCCUGUUUUAGGAAGUACAAAUGAUAUGAUAUCAGCUGGUUUACAUUUGUCAGAGUUAAACUUAUUUGAUAGUACAAGUGAUAUAUUAAUUACAGGUAUACAUCAAGAACGAGAAAUAGAAGAAGCUAUUGCAAAACAACAUCUAUGGUCAAUCAAGUUACAAGAAUCAAAAAAGAAAUUGAUUGAAUGGCGUAAAAGAAGUGAACGAUUAUUAUAUUCAAUUUUACCAAAACAUAUUGCUAUAAUGCUUCAAUCAGGUGUACGACCUAAUAGUAUUUGUGAAUCUCAUCCUCUUGUAACUGUUUUAUUUGCAUAUUUAACUGAUUUUAAAGUUCUAAGUGUUCAACUUGAUCCUGCGUCUACUAUUCAAUAUCUUAAUCAAAUAAUUAAUACAUUUGAUGAAGUAGAAGAUAAUUAUGAUGUUUUCAAAGUAGAAACAAAAGCUGAUGCAAGUUAUAUGGUUGUUGCUGGUCUUACUGAUAGAUCACAUUUGACUUCUAUUAAACGAGAAUCAUCAGCGUUAUCUUCAUUGACUGAUUAUACUGAUGAACAAGAUGAUGGAAGUACAUCAGCUAUGAAAAAUCCACAUGGUUUUCAUCAAACUGAGAUUAUUGCAUAUUUAGCACUUGAUCUUCUAAAUGCCAGUAAAAGUAUUAUUAAUCCAGUAACAAAUCAACCUUUUAAAGUCAAAUUUGGUUUUCAUUCCGGCACAGCAGUAGGUGGUAUUGUAGGCAGGACAAAUAUUCAAUACUGUCUGUUUGGUGAUACAAUUAAUAUGGCAAGUCGAAUAACAACUUGUGGUGAAGACGGCCGAAUACAUUUGAGUCAAUCAUCGUACAAUUAUUUAGUAGUAGAUAAUCGUUUUACAAUUGAUUAUCGAGGUCAAAUUGAAAUUAAAAGUAAAGGUGUACAUCCUACAUAUUGGUUAAUAGAUGUGGUGAAAUCAAAAUCUAUAAAUGUUAUUAACAAAAAUCCAACUCAAUUAAGAUGUCCUUUUACAGGCAGAUCAACUACUGAUUUAAAACUAAUUUAA